AUGUUCUUUCAAUUAAUUGACGCGAAUGAAAAUGAAGAUGGAGUAGGAUACAAGAUCAAAUAUGUCUUCGUCAAAUCGUCAUCUCUUCAUCAUGCUCAUAUAUUCGUUGAACUUUUUGGUUUUCGGAUUUCACCAGAAUACUAUGAUGAUUAUGAUGAAUUAUAUGAGCCUAGCGAGCAAACAGUACAAAAUGCUCUGAGAACUUAUUCACUCGAAGCACUUGAACUGACUAAUGAAAGUUGCAGCCUUGGUGAGCAUUAUUGGCAUGCAAUUAAGCCAGUAGAUUAG